GCUCAAGCGGAUCAAUGUCUCCAGCCUCUAUGAGAAAACAGAGGACGUGAAGAUCAAGACGGUUCUUCGUAAUCUUCAGGAUCGACUGCGAGAGAGAACUUCACUCAGCUACUCUGCCACUACUUGCAUGCAAUCUUCUCUCCUUCCCCUUCCGAUGCUGCUGGUGAUCGGCGAUCUCCUCGUCUUUCUCUCCCUCUCCGUGCUUAUUAUCUUUUGCGCAUGGAUCUAUUUUCUCACAGGAUACUUCUUGGCUCGUCUAUCCGACUACAUUCGGCUUCCUCAGUUCAUUUCGGCAAGUCUGAUGUCUCGGCCGGCCUUUCUGACACGAUAUCAGGUUCGGCCAGUGAGCCUGCGCCUCUACCUUGUCUCUCUCUCCCCCUCCGACCCACACACCCUCUAGUAUUCGCUCCUCUUCUCCAUGUCCCUCGUUUGUUUACAAUGAACGUAAGGAGGAGCC